AUGAACCACCUCACAUCAGCUUUCUCCACUAAGACUCUUUAUAGGCAGGCGCAGAUCUGCGGAGAAAUGUUACAGAACCUGGUCGAAACUCGUGUGCAGAAGACACUCUCGUUCGAGGAUGUAAAUGACCGAUUUAGGCGCUUCGUCAAGGAAUCCCAAUUUCUGACAAGUGAGAGAAAGUCGGAGCAGUACCAGAAAUGGGACCCGGAGACCAAACACUUAUUCACAGAGUUGUUCAGGCACAUGCGGUUCAAUCUGUUUGCACUCUACAUUUCGACUCGGGUCACCUUGCUGGAAGAGGUCUACAAAUGCAUUGACAAGAUGAGGGAGCAUCUGCUUGAUUCCGAUGCCUGGAGGGAAUGGCACAAAUCCCCAUGCGCCAGGCAGCAUGGGUCUUCUUUUACUUACGCUGUUCUGGACACAGAUAAAAACGAUGUGACAUCUCAGUUUCAGGACCUAGUGUCUCUCAUGAUCGAGCAAAUGUUUCCAUCCAUUGAUCCGAAGCUGCACGCUCAGCUCAGAACGAUGAUUAUCGACCGCCGCAUAGCCAUCGGUUACCACCAGCACAAGCGUCACAGACGACGAUCUGAGCCUAAGCAUUGGAAGACCACCCGCGAAAGGGGGCGAUCUAAGGCACGUUCGAGUGCAAUGCCAGAUGUGUUCCAGUGGCCCGCGAUGCCGGUGUGCAAACGAGAUCAAACUGAUUUGACAUGUCCUUACUGCAUGACAUAUUUCCCGGUCGACGAGUUCGAUGCAGCCGGGUGGGAGUAUCACGUCAUACACGAUGUUCGACCGUUCUUGUGCUUAUGGGAUUCAUGCACCAGCGCCUUUGGAAGUGUUGGGACAUGGCUAAAACAUAUGGAUAACCACCGACAUUCAAGUACGCGUAAGCGCUCGUUGGAAUUCAAGCACUGCCCUUUCUGUGGCCUUCGCGAAGAUGAUCGAGGGGCCCGAGAAAAGAGCAAGGAAGGCUUGUUGCGGCAUAUAGCGGAUCAUCUUGAGACCCUGGCUCUUCUCGCUUUGCCCGGACCGAUGGACGUGCUCUUAGAGAAGCAUAUCCAAGGGACGAGGAUUGGUAUUCGGUCGUGCAUAGACUCAACCAGAACCGCUCGGAAGCACUACAAUCGCAGUGAGCGGGUAGCAAGGACUACCGUCAAAGAUGAUGCUGAAUCUCGUAGCUCGCUCGAUCUUUGUGAUCCGGAAAAUGUGGUGACACCAUCGAGCUCUAAAAGGAGCAUUAGAGCAAGCCUUGAAGUAUAUCAUGAGACAGAUACUGACGAGCACUGCUCAGCCAACAAAUGGGACUAUGAAGACGCUGACUCUGCUCAUGAAGAAGACCUCAAAGGAGACCCUGAAGCGAACCCUUUUGUAGAUCAGACAGAAGUGAGCCAGGCAGAAAACUCCAACGAAAAGGUUCUCGAAGAAGCUCAGGCGCUGCACUGCGACGAUAAGGACUAUCUGGAGGACAGUGAAACGGAUGCUCACGAUGAUCAGUCAGAGGAUGAAACUGGGGAUGCUUAUGAAGAGAAUGCUGAAGAGAAUCAGGAAGAUCAGCCAGAGGAUGAAGCUGAAGACUUUCUUGAAGAGAACGCGGAAGAAUGCCUAGAUUCCCUUGGUGAGGAACCUGAAGAUGACAUUGCUGCAGAUCCCUCUGAAGAAGAACCAGAAAUCGAUCUGGAAGACACUCCUGAAGAUGCAGAUGCUGAAGAGCAGGCUCAAGAGGAUAGCCCCAAAGAGGAGGGUGAGGCAGAACCUCCAGCAGACCAAGAAAGCACGCUAUCCAAGACCCGAAAAAGGAUCACUUUCUCAAAACCCAAAUCAAAACCAAUGAGCAGGUCGCGAAUCCCUCUCUGGGUGUCCGCCACCCGAUGCUAG